UUCACUUUUCUCAAGACAACACCGUAGGGGAGAAAAAACAUUUGACAAUUGACAGUGUUUGUUUUAUGAUUCGUGAAGUAUUUCCACAAUGUCUACGAAAGCAGAGCAAUUUGCCUCUAAGAUACGAUACUUGCAAGAGUAUCACAACCGUGUGCAACACAAUAUUUACCCCGUGCCCUCCGGAACAGACAUUGCAAACACACUGAAAUACUUUUCCCAAACCCUGCUCAGCAUUCUGUCCCGCACAGGCAGGAAGGAGAACCAGGAAGCUUCCAAUUUGGCCGUGCCCAUGACCAUGUGUCUUUUUCCUGUGCCAUUCCCACUCACCCCAUCUCUAAGACCACAAGUCAGUUCCAUCAACCCUACAGUUACUCGCUCCCUCCUUUACAGCGUUCUGCGUGAUGCCCCGUCAGACCGUGGGGGGCAGGGGCAGCAGAGUCGGGACGCUCAGCUCUCAGAGUACCCCUCUCUGGACUAUCAGGGGCUCUAUGCGACCCUCGUGACCCUGCUUGACCUGGUGCCCCUGCUGCAGCACGGUCAGCAUGAUCUGGGACAGUCCAUAUUUUACACAACAACUUGCCUCCUGCCCUUUCUCAGUGACGAUAUUCUCAGCACUUUACCCUACACUAUGAUCUCCACUUUAGCUACAUUCCCCCCAUUCCUGCACAAAGACAUCAUUGAGUACCUGAGCACCUCUUUCCUCCCCAUGGCUGUAUUGGGUUCCACUAGAAGAGAAGGGGGUGUCCCAGCAUAUGUCAAUCUCUCUGCGUCCUCUAUGCUAAUGAUUGCUAUGCAGUACACCUCCAACCCAGUAUACCACUGUCAGUUGUUGGAGUGUCUUAUGAAGCACAAGCAGGAAGUGUGGAAGGACCUACUGUAUGUCAUAUCCUACGGACCAUCCCAAGUGAAGCCUCCAGCUGUGCAGAUGCUCUUUCAUUACUGGCCUAACCUAAAGCCCCCAGGAGCCAUCAGUGAAUACAGAGGACUGCAGUACACUGCCUGGAACCCCAUCCACUGCCAACACAUUGAGUGUCACAAUGCCAUCAAUAAACCUGCCGUCAAGAUGUGCAUCGACCCCACCCUCUCCGUUGCCCUGGGAGACAAGCCCCCUCCUCUAUACAUCUGUGAGGAGUGCAGCCAAAGGAUAUCAGGAGAUCAUGCAGAAUGGCUUGUUGAUGUGCUCUUGCCCCAAGCUGAGAUAUCUGCUAUUUGUCAAAAGAAGAACUGUAGCUCUCAUGUCAGGAGGGCGGUUGUCACCUGCUUCUCAGCUGGCUGCUGUGGGCGCCAUGGCAACCGGCCCGUCCGCUACUGCAAGCGUUGCCAUGUCAACCACCACAGCAGCGAGGUGGGGGCUGCGGCGGAGACCCAUCUCUACCAAACCUCUCCCCCUCCCAUCAACACCCGCGAGUGUGGGGCAGAGGAGUUGGUGUGCACUGUGGAGGCUGUUAUCAGCCUACUGAAGGAGGCAGAGAUCCACGCGGAGCUACGUGAGUUUGAGCUGAACAGGCGUCGUCAGAUGGGCCUGUCUGCCUCCCACCACUCCCUGGACAACAUCGACUUCGACAACAAGGAGGACGACCAGCAUGACCAGAGGCUCCUCAGUCAGUUUGGCAUCUGGUUCCUGGUGAGCCUGUGCACCCCCAGUGAGAACACGCCCACAGAGAGUCUGGCGCGGCUGGUGAGCAUGGUGUUCCAGUGGUUCCACUCCACAGCCUACAUGAUGGACGACGAGGUGGGCUCCCUGGUGGAGAAGCUCAAACCCCAGUUCGUCACCAAGUGGCUGAAGACCGUGUGUGACGUGCGCUUCGACGUCAUGGUGAUGUGCCUGCUGCCCAAGCCGGUGGAGUUUGCCAGGGUGGGGGGUUACUGGGAUAGGUCUUGCAGCACAGUGACCCAGCUGAAGGAGGGGCUGAACCGGAUCCUGUGCCUGAUACCCUACAACGUAAUCAGCCAGCCGCUGUGGGAGUGCUUCAUGCCAGAGUGGCUGGAGGCCAUCCGGACUGAGGUGCCUGACCAGCAGCUCAAGGAGUUCAGAGAGGUGCUCAGCAAGAUGUUUGACAUUGAGCUGUGCCCUCUGCCCUUCUCCAUGGAGGAGAUGUUUGGGUUCAUUAGCUGCAGGUUCUCAGGCUAUCCAGCCUCUGUGCAGGAGCAGGCUCUGCUCUGGCUGCAUGUGUUGUCAGAGUUGGACAUUGUGGUGCCUCUGCAGCUGUUGGUUGGGAUGUUCUCUGAUGGGGUGAACUCUGUGAAGGAACUGGCCAAUCAGAGAAAGGCUCACAUCUCAGCUCUAACUGGGGAAAAUACUGAGCCUCGGAGGGAAAGCGUGGUUUCAGAUCCAGGCCGUCUUGGGCAACACAACACCCUGAGCCCAUUCCCUAGUCCGUUCCGGAGCCCAUUCCGGAGUCCCCUGCACUGCAGCCCCUUUAAGAACCUGGGCCAUGCUACGGGACACUGUGCCCUGGACCUGGACUGUGAAGACGAUGACAUGAACCUGAGCUGCUUCAUCCUCAUGUUCGACCUCAUCCUCAAACAGAUGGAGCUUCAGGAUGACGGUGUGAUGCUGGUUCUGGAAAGCAGCCUGGGGAAGGACAUCGUGGGCAUAAUCAACAAUGUUUUCCAGGCCCCGUGGGGGGGCUCCCACACCUGUCAGAAGGACGAGAAGGCCAUGGAGUGCAGCCUGUGCCAGUCUAGCAUCUUAUGCUACCAGCUGGGCUGUGAGCUCCUGGAGAGACUCACCCCCAGGGAGGAGAUACAUCUGGUGGAGCCAACAGACGGCUUGGAGGACACAUUGCUGUUGCCUCAAGUUUUUGGACCAGAACAAGGGACAAAGGGAAGGACAGAGGAAGGGGACAACCCUGCCAGCACACACACUGACAACCCUACCAAUCAAAGUGACUCUCCUGACAACCCACCAAUGAAGAAUAAUGCUGAUAAGAAGUUUUCCUACCAGCAGCUCCCUGUGUCUCUCAAGCUAAUAUACACUAUUCUGCAGGAAAUGUCAAAGUUUGAGGAGCCUGAUAUCCUGUUCAACAUGCUGAACUGUCUGAAGACCCUGUGUCUCCACGGAGAGUGUCUGUACCUGGCCCGUAAGGACCACCCCCAAUUCCUGGCCUACAUCCAGGAAAAGAUGCUCAUUCCCAGCCUGUGGACCAUGCUGAAGUCCGAGUUCUGCCAGCUGGCCUCCCUGGCCGUGCCCCAGCUCCUGCAUGCCCUCUCCCUCUCCCAUGGAGCAGACAUCUUCUGGAACCUGGUGGACAGCAAUUUCAACAGCAAGGACUGGAAGAUACGCUUUGAAGCAGUGGAGAAGGUAGCGGUGCUCUGUCGGUUCCUAGACAUUGGUUCUGUGACGAAAAACCACCUGCUGAAGUACUCCCUGGCCCACGCCUUUUGCUGCUUCCUGGCCUCUGUGGAGGAUGUCAACCCAGCUGUGGCCACACGCGCCAGGCUGCUGCUGGACACAAUCAAGAGCCAAGCACUACAGGGCUUGUGUCUGUGCCUGGACUUCCAGUUCGACACAGUGGUGAGGGACCGGCCCAUCAUCCUCAGCAAGCUGCUGAUGCUGCACCACCUGAAGCAGGAGGUCCCUGCCCUCAGCUGGGAGUUCUUUGUCAAUCGCUUCGAGACGCUCUCCCUGGAGGCCCAGCUCCACCUGGACUGCAACAAGGAGUUCCCUUUCCCAACCACCAUCACAGCUGUGCGCACCAACGUGGCCAACCUUAGUGAUGCAGCGAUGUGGAAAAUCAGACGUGCACGCUUUGCCAGGAACCGCCAGAAGAGUGUACGUUCCCUCCGUGACAGCGUCAAGGGCCCGUCCGAGUCCAAGCGGGCCUUCUCCCUCCCAGAGACUCUGUGUAACCGUCUACCUCUAAGGCUUACGAGGCAAGAGCACUCUGCCCCGACUCUGGGAGAUAUGAUAGAGAAAGUCCUGCCAGGCCACAGCCCCUCACCGGAGGACGACUCGGUCAUCAGGGACCUGCUCCCAGAGGAUGCUGGGAUAGAUCACCAGACGGUGCACCAGCUCAUCAUGGUGCUGAUGAAGUUCAUGGCCAAAGACAAGAGCAGUGCCGAGGCAGACAUUGGCAGUGCCAAGGCCUUCAACACGGUGAAGCGCCACCUAUAUGUACUGCUGGGCUUCGACCAGCAGGAGGGUUGCUUCAUGAUCGCACCGCAAAAGAUGAGGACCUCAACCUCCUUCAAUGCUUUCAUCGCUGGCAUCGCACAGGUGAUGGACUACAAUAUUGGGCUGGGGAAGCAGCUGCUCCCCCUGGUGGUCCAGGUGUUGAAGUACUGCACAUGCCCCCAGCUCAGACACUACUUCCAGCAGCCCCCACGCUGCUCUCUCUGGGCCCUGCGGCCACACAUCCGACAGAUGUGGCUCAAAGCCUUGCUGGUCAUCCUCUACAAGUACCCCUACAGGGACAUGGAUGUGAGUAAAGUGGUUCUGCACCUGAUCCACAUCACCAUCAACACCCUGAAUGCCCAGUACCACAGCUGUAGACCCCAUGCCACCGCCGGACCCCUCUACAGUGACAACUCCAACAUCAGUCGCUACAGCGAGAAAGAGAAAGAGGAGGACAGUGUGUUUGAUGAGUCUGAUGUCCAUGACACCCCAACUGGAGCAGGCAACAAGGAGUCCCAGACCUUCUUCGCCCGUCUGAAGAGGAUCGGUGGCAGCAAGUCUGUCAAGUACCAGCCAGUGGAGCUGAAUGCCCAGAAAAGUGAAAUUGAGCUGUCUGAGUACCGUGAGGCCAGUGCGCUGCAGGACAGCAUCCUGCACUGUGUGAGGGAGGAAAGCACCAGGAAGAAGCGUCUGCAGGCCAUGCACAAGCAGAAGUCCUUGGACAUUGCCAACACUGACUCCAUCCUCUACAACCUGGACGAGCACCGACGCAAGUCCUGCAUAGACCGCUGUGACCUGCAGCAUGGUCCCUCCGCACCCCCCUCCUCCACCACCUCCCACCUCAGGCAGAAGGGGGGCCAUGGGAAGGGCUCAUCAGACGGUUCCUCAGGCCGAGCGGAGGGCAGCGACCACCGGGACCGUCGAGGCUCCCGGGGGGGCCACUCAGACUGCUCCAGGCCUGUCAUCCCAGAGGUGCGUCUCAGCUGCAUGGAGACGUUUGAGGACAAGGCCGACCUGGACUCCCCUCUGACAGGGGGCUCAUCAGCAGAGAAGGAGGACCCGGACCUCAUUGACCUCUCCUCCGACUGUACCUCCAUCCCAGAGAAGCACUCCAUCCUUUCCAUGUCCGACAGCGACUCCCUGGUGUUUGAACCCCUGCCACCACUGAGGAUUGUGGAGAGUGACGAGGAGUUUGACCUCAACACGGUGAUGGGCUCCAGGCUGAAUGGGAGUGCCAGGCCCCCAGCCUCCCCUGCCAGGCCCACUUCCUCCCCUGUCAGGCCCCCUUCCUCACCUGCCAGCAGCAGCACCCUGCGCCUGUCCCCGGUGGUGCAAGUGAGCGUGGAGGACUGCUCUAAGGACAAGAAGAUCACAGACUCCCCUGCAAAAGAAAUCCCUCAACAGCCUUUACAGAGGAGGCCACGCUAUGCGACCCCCACCACCUCCCUGGAGCUGCCUGACCGGCCGGAGCACACUGGCCUGGAGAGCCCCAUGACCCUCAGCUUACAACAGAAGAGGGACCUGCUGAGGAAGACCCCUGCUGUCCCUGACACCUCCCUGGAUGAUUUUGUGCACCCCGAGGACCUGAAGGCAGCGGUGGGUCUGGGGACCAGUCCCUCUGGCAGGACUGUCUUCCUGGACAUCCCUGAAGACACAGCCGAGCCCCUCAACUCUCUGGAGGGGAACAACAAUGAUGAAGAUGAAGAUUAUGAAGAUGAUGAUGAUGACCUUGAUGACAGCGACCUUAAACCUGAUGAUGAUGAUGAUGACAAUGACGAGGCAGAGUUUAAGAUCCAGAUAGUUCCCCGGCAACGCAAGCAGAGGAAGAUAGCUGUGAGUGCCAUCCAGAGAGAGUACCUGGACAUCUCCUUCAACACCCUGGACAAGCUGGGUGAGCAGCCCACUGAGACAGAUCACAAGGUUCUGUCUACCCUGGAAAAUCCACGGGAAUCCGCCUCAGCCCCCACCCUCGAAGCUGCUAUCCCAGAAACAAGCAACCGCUCUUCAGUAUCAACUCAGUACCGUCAGUCGAAGCGGGGCUCGUUAGGAGCUCUAACCAUGACCCAGCUGAUGAAGAGACAGUUGGAGCACCAGUCCAGCGCCCCUCACAACAUCAGCACCUGGGAGACAGGCCCCACCAAGUCCAGCCUCUUAUCUGCCCCCAGUACAGUCAGCAUGUUUGUGCCCGCCCCCGAGGAGUUCAUUGAUGAUCAGCCCACCACCAUGACUGACAGGUGUCGUGACUGUGGUGCGGUGCUAGAGGAGUAUGAUGAGGAGACCCUGGGCCUGGCAGUGGUGGUGCUCUCCAUGUUCAUCCACCUCAGCCCUGACCAGGCCGCUCCACUGUUGCUGGACAUCAUGCAGUCUGUGGGCAGGCUGGCGUCUAGUGCUAACUUCUCUGGGCAAGCUGAGAGUAUGCUGAUCCCUGGCAACGCAGCAGGUGUGGCUAAGCAGUUCCUCCGCUGUGUGAUCCACCAGCUGGCCCCCAAUGGCAUCCUUCCCCAGCUCUUCCAGAGCAACAUCAAAGAUGGAGGUUUUCUGAGAACAUUGGCUUCUUCCCUGAUUGAUUUUAAUGAACUGAGUUCUGUGGCUGCACUGAACCAGCUGCUGGAGGGUCUGAACAACAAGAAGAGUCUACCAGCAGGGGGCACCAUGCUGCAUUGCCUGGAGAACAUCGCCACCUUCAUGGAGGCCCUGCCCAUGGACUCCCCCAGCAACCUGUGGACCACCAUCUGCAAUCAGUUCCAGACCUUCCUCACUAAACUACCCUCUGUGCUGCCUCUGAAGUGUCCCCUGGACUCCAGUUUGAGGAUCAUAAUUUGCCUGUUGAAGAUCCCCACCACAAGUGCAACCCGGAGCUUACUCGAGCCCUUCUCCAAACUGCUGAGCUUUGUCAUCCAGUAUGGAGUGUUCAGCCUCUCUUACCUGGUGGAGCUGUGUGGCCUCUGUUACAAAGCCUUCAACAAGGAGAGAGAUAAGUUCUAUAUGUCUCGUAUUGUGGUGCUGGAGCUUCUGCAGGCUCUGAAGUUCAAGUCUCCUCUACCCGAUACUAACUUGCUACUGCUGGUCCAGUUUGUUUGUUCAGAUAUUGGUACAAGGCUAGCAGAGUCUACUAUUCUCUCAAAGCACAUGAUCUCAUCACUUCCAGGGUGCACGACAGCAGCAAUGGAAUGCAUGAGGCAAUACAUCAGUGAGCUUCUAGACUUCAUAGCAGAUAUGCACACACUGACCAAACUGAAAAACCAUAUGAAGGCGUGUUGUCAGCCGCUGCAUGAGGACACGUUCGGAGGGAACCUGAAAGUGGGCCUGGCACAGCUGGCUGCCAUGGAGAUCAGCAAAGGCAAUCACCGUGACAACAAGGCAGUGAUCCGUUAUCUUCCCUGGCUCUACCAUCCCCCGUCCACCAUGCAGCAGGGACCUAAGGAGUUCAUAGAGUGUGUGUCCCACAUCCGCCAGCUGUCCUGGCUGCUCCUGGGCUCCCUGACCCACUAUGCCCUGCACCAGGGCUCCACCUGCUGUAUGCCCAUCCCCCUGGACGCUGGCUCACACAUCGCUGACCACCUCAUCGUCAUCCUCAUCGGCUUCCCUGAGCAAUCCAAGACGUCAGUGCUGCACAUGUGCUCCCUGUUCCAUGCCUUCAUGUUUGCCCAGCUGUGGACCAUCUACUGUGAGCAGGCGGCGGCCGCCUCGGCCCUGCAAAACCAGAACCAGACAGAGUUCUCUUCCAAUGCCAUACUGACCGGCCUGGAGUUCUGGAGCCGCGUCACACCCAGCAUCUUGCAGCUCAUGGCCCACAACAAAGUGAUGGUGGAGAUGGUGUGUCUACAUGUCAUUAGCCUGAUGGAGGCUCUACAAGAAUGCAACUCAACCAUCUUUGUGAAGUUAAUACCUAUGUGGUUGCCCAUGAUUCAAUCCAACCUAAAGCACCUGUCUGCAGGGCUCCAGCUGCGGCUGCAGGCCAUCCAGAACAGGGUGAACCACCAGUGUCUGCAGGGCCAGGCAGCCGGGGCCCUGCCCUUUGCCCUGCGCAAGUGGCUGCAGUGCACCCAGUUCAAGAUGGCCCAGGUGGAGAUCCAGUCAUCAGAGGCCGCCUCACAGUUCUACCCCAUGUGACCUGCCCACCUGCCCACCUCACACGAGCUCUUCCAAGACCCAGUCCACCUCAGGACCAGCGUGCAUCUGCUUAAUGCCUGCCUGCCUGACCAUAAACAUCAGGAAGUUGACUCCUGCAUAAACUGACUCUCGCCGUCUUAAGACUCUGCUUCUGACGUAAUCAUCUUCAGCACCAUCUAAACUUUAUAUAUCUAUACUACUCUUUUGUGCAAUGAGAGGGAUAGGUGAGUACCGGUUGGGCAGGUGUGCAGAUGCAGGGGAAUAACAGUACAGUAAAUAACAGUUUAGGUGCCCAACAUGCUGUGUGCAGCAUCAGAGGUCAAACUAGAUGAAGAGAAUAUCUAUCAGCACUGCAGAUGACUGGAGUGGAUGGAUGGAGAAUGCUGUAUGCUGAAGCUCAGACUUGUUCACUUGGUGAUGCUCAUGUUCUAUAUCGUUAUUUUCAGUUGCUUGGUUGCAAGCCUGACAAAAAUAAUAAAAUCAAGCCACAUUUUCUAAAUAUA